AUGGUGCAAUGCUGCAAGAUGGCGAAUGCUCACGACUUCAUCAUGAGCCUUUCCCAAGGCUAUAAGACCAGAAUAGGAGAAGGAGGUGUGCAGCUUUCCGGUGGUCAAAAGCAACGAGUAGCUAUCGCUCGUGCCCUAGCAAGAAAUCCGCGCAUAUUGCUGCUCGAUGAGGCUACCAGCGCCUUGGAUGCUGAAAGCGAAAGCAUAGUUCAGGAGGCAUUAGAUAACGUGAGUUGAGA